AUGGCCACCGAGGAGGGCCCUUCGUUUGCCGACGCCAUCAAGGUCGAGAAGCUCGAUUCGCACAGCUACAAGGCCAAUUUGCACGCGGCUUUUAGAAUCGGUGCCGAAGAAGUCGAGAGUGUUGUCUUGGAAGAGAUUGUUGAGAUCAAGACUACCCCCAACUUUUGA